UUGGUGGCAGCAGGCAGCCGACAGUGGAGGCAAGUCCAAGAAAGGUGGAGACUCCUGGUUAACUUCCUGCACAAUAAUCUUGAAAUCACCACCAAGAUAGAGCUGGAGAGGCUGCGGCUUGUGCAAGGACGAAUGGAUAUACGACUCACCUGACUUCUUUAUCGGCGGUGAAUCGGCAAAAAAAAAAAAACACUGUUAGUUGCAAAUACACAUCUACCUGGCUACUAGCUAGCUAGCACGGAGGCUGCUGGAUAAGAGAUUCCCAACAUUUGAUAGCGAGGCGGUGCGAAGGACAGGAAUGGAGGUUGUGGUGGAGUAUGAGUACGAAGCGCUCCAUGAGGAUGAACUGACCCUGCGACUGGGCGACAUCAUCAAGAAUGUACGGCAAAUCGAGGAGGAGGGAUGGAUGGAGGGAGACCUUAAUGGAAAAAGGGGCCUCUUCCCAGACAACUUUGUGAAGGAAAUAAAGAAAGAAAACAAAGAGGCCAAGGAAACAAAAAAUGAGGCAAAGGAGGAGCCGUUUCAGUCCCAGAGGAGGGAGAAAAGUGCGGGGAAUGUGGCCAACCUGGUCCAGAGGAUGAGCACCAUCGGCAUCCCGACUGGAGGCUUCCAGCCUCACACACAACCACCAGCACCCAGGAAGAAGCUGAAGAAGCGACAGUGCAAGGUGUUGUUUGAUUACCAGCCGCAGAAUGAGGACGAGCUGGAGCUUAAAGUCGGAGAAAUCUUAGAAAUCACCGAGGAGGUUGAAGAGGGCUGGUGGAGCGGCAGCAUAAACGGCAAAUCGGGACUCUUUCCCUCCAACUUUGUCAAAGAGCUAGACGGGACGGGAGAGGACGGAGAGUCUAACGACAGCACAGCAGACGAGACAGACUGCAGCGGCAAGGAAGCAGGGGUCACACACACCUCGCCUCACGCCUCCCCAGGGAACGGAGUCAUUGCCCAGCCCAAGAAGGUCCGAGGGGUCGGCUUCGGAGACAUUUUCAGAGAAGGGUCGGUCAAGCUAAAAGUUCGACUGCCCAGCCCUGAAACGGAUGAGAAGGACAAACCAACCCCUUCAUUACCAUCCGCGGCAAAGCCCGCCCAUUCCAACACGACAGACUCCCAGAAAGCAGACGGAGACAACAAAUCCAAAGCAAAAGAAUACUGUAAGGUCACCUUUGGUUUUGAGGCCACGAAUGAGGAUGAGCUGAGCCUAAAAGAGGGUGAAAUCAUUCACAUCCUGAGCAAGGACACAGGUGAGCCUGGCUGGUGGCGAGGGGAGGUUGGUGGAAAAGAGGGUGUCUUCCCCGACAACUUUGUAACCAUCAUCGCUGAAGGAGAAAAAGAGGCUCCCACGUCGAGAGGGUCUGUGAAAUUAUCGCCUAAGCAGGAGCCAGAGGAGAGACCGAAGAAACCGCCACCACCAUCAAAAAGCAUAGCUCCGAAGCCAGAAUUUCCCAGUGCUGACAAGAAACCUCAGCCGCCCAGGCCUGAGGACAGAGUUGACAAAUCCAUGCCAGAUCACAAACCAUCCAAGCCUGCAGCCCCAGUGGUCCCGCCCAAGAAGCCUGUCCCACCUCCUGGGAAAGGCAGAGCAGGAAGCAUCCCGCCAAAGAGGCCGGACAAGCCUCUCGCUCCCUCGUCAAACCUCACUAAGCACAAUGGAGAGGUGCCUUCCUCCCGACCAAAGUCUGACCUGGAGCCGUCGGUACCCAACAAACCCAAAACGCUUUCUGGGGACUGGGGGGAGAAGGCCCCGGAUAUGGAUCUCAUGAGUUUUGAUGAUCUGUCCUCUACCUCGGAGAAGCUCUCUCACCUCACCGCAAACAGACCAAAGAUGCCUGGCAGGAGGCUGCCCGCCCAGUUUGGUGGAGGACAUUCGCCCAGCAAGGAAGUGAGCGUGGAGAAGUCCUUCAAGCUUGAUGAAGAGGAUGGACCCAAACCAAAACUAGCAGAAACCAGAAAGCCUUCCACAAACACCAUUGCCCAACCAGCAUCACUCCUCAGGCCCAGCGUGGCUAGCACAGAGAUCAAGCCCAGCCCUGCAGCAUUAGCCCCAAACCCCAGCACGGACAGCCUUUCCCAUGGCAGCAGGGCCCGACCUGAACCUGAGGACCAGAGCACCCAGCUAGAAGAUCUGAAGAGCCAGAUGAAGGAGCUUCUGCUGUCUGUGGAGCUACUCAAGACCCAGCAAAUGAGGGAGAUAGCAGAGCUACGAGAAGAGCUGGAUGAGGAAAGGCUAAAGCGAGUGGCCCUGCAGAUGGAAAUAGAGAAACUAAAGCGGAUGGUCCAGUCAACGUGAAGCCUCUGCUCCAAUCAGUUUCAAGCCUGAAGGUCAUUUGCUGGGCUCUCGACCAACCUGUGAGUCAGAGGGCGAUGACAGACGGACGGAUUGAUGGACAGACGGGGGCAGGGCGGGGCAAAUGGACAAACCACCUCUCGCACAAUCCUUUUCAGUGAUCUACAAAAUGAAAAAAAAUAUCCCCCAUAUUUGUAAGAUUUACAUUUUUGCACAUAUUAAGUGUUUUUUUUCUAGCUAGAUGUAAUUAAGUUACAGAUGUAUAUGUUUCUCUCUUUUCUUUUUUUUUGCCAUACAAAAAAUUGAGGCCUUACUUAAACUACUGCACUGGACUUGCAGUUGUCCUACUCACACUCUCCCCCCACCCUCACCCUCGCGUUCCUCCCCCUAACCUGGACAUAUUCCUCAGGCAGGAGGUUCGUUCCCAAUACUACUGACUUUGUACAAAACAGGGGGCGCUUGUUGUCUUUAUGUAACUUUCUUUCUCAUACUUUUUCCUUUUUUUUUUUUUUUAUAAUGCGCAUGUAGUUGAUUUUAAAAAGAAGAAAAUGUCUGAUUACAGCUAACAUGUUCAGUUAAUCACCACAAAUUAUAUGAUGCUACAAAGUACGUUUUUUGUUUCCUGCAUGGCAUCUGCCAGCAGAGCUUUACUUCUUUGCUGAAAUGCUUCAGAGAGAGCAAUGCUUUGUUUUCUUUUUUUCAUGUUUUAUAUGUUUUCUAGCAUUCCUAUCCAGGGUAACACUACUGUGCCUGUUUAAAACAAAAAUCUAUUAAGUGUUUAUAUUGGGAGCUUACAUUUACUUUGAUGGUGUCUGGAGAUUUGCAGCAUGAUGUUAUAUAUCUAUAUUUUUUAAAUCUACUGACAUGCUGAGUCAUAUACUAUAUAGAUGGCCUCCUGUUCGCUGGUCUCUUUUUCUCUCUUCUUGUUGGGGCAAGGUUUGGCAAACAUUUUCACAUGUCGAGAAUGUUUUCAACAGGUUCACCAGACAUAUAUGUAUAUAUACAUAUGUAUAUAUAUCUAUAUAUAUAUAUAUAUAUAUAUUCCAGAUGAUACAGCUUGAGUACCCACAUGUCAAAAUCAUUUAAAGAGGAAAGAAGGGGAGGAGAUUAGGAAAGAGAGAGUUGUAUUUUUUAUUUUUUCUAUUGACAAGAUUGCGAAGAUAUUGGCAAGAUAAUCUCAGAAUCAACUCUGCACCUUGCUCUCCUUUUUGCCAUUUUCUUCUUUUAUUCUGUCAUCCUUCUCUUGCACUCCAUUCUACCUCUUUCUCUCAAAUUUUCCCGCCAUUGGUCUCUUUGAUUCAAAGAACACCAUAGGAUCUUAGAGCAGGCCUUCUCUUUCCUGCCUCUAAUAUGAGUUAUAUAUGACGCUGCACAGCAAUCAUUAAUCAUCGUCUGUCCCUUUAUGUAUGUGUGUGUGUAUGUGUCUCAUCUCUUUUACAUCUCUCUCCACAUGGACCAAGUACAGAAAUUAAGCUAGCUGAAAUCACACAGUACACCACCCCCCCACCCGACCCCCUUUCUGACUUUCUGUUUUAAGGUUUUUGCAGUGCGAUGUGUUGAGAUGGAGCUCAUGAACAUAGAAACAGAAAUGUUGGUUGGUUACUGUAUGCAGUGCUGUGUUUCUCAAAAGCAUUUUCAGCUCCACAGAUUGCCUUCAACCCAUUUCGUGCUGCGCCCUCAGGCACUAACAUCUUUCCAGACAGCAGGGCAACUGGAUUCUUCUCAUUGCCAGCAAGGUCGUACUUGGCCCUGACUUCAAAGGGUUAAAAGUAGAGGUUUGAAGCUUGGCCUGGCUCUAACUGAUGCAGUGCGAGAGACAGCACAGAUACCCGCGGUCGUCUGCUUCUAACAUAAGGCCAAGGGUAGCCCUCAGCUAAGAAUGUGCAGCGUGGAAAGUAGCAAUGAACUGGUCAGCUUUGUGUCGAGAUGCUUCUGAGAAAACUAGUCUCGUGCAGUGCCAAUUUUAACAGCAGCUCCUCACAACACACACACAAGCACACACACACACACACACACACACACACACACACACACAUACACACACAGUUAAAUGGAUUUACCAUACAGUUACAGCUCCUGGUCGGCCAGAGAGGAUUGACAUCGAUGAUUUUCAGUGGUGCUAUGAAUUCUGACAACAUAUGGAACUCGUGAUUUAGAAAUAUUCUUUCUGGCAAACUGUUGACCUUGUAAUUGGUGUCGUCACACAGGUUAGGACAACCUUUUUAAAAAAAAAAAAAAAAAAAAUCUCCCUUAGCUAUUCUAAAACCUUUUCACACAUCUCACAAAUGUCUUAAAAAGGUGAUACUUUUAACUCUAAUGUAUAUCGUCCUCAGGCUUAAUUCUGUGUGGGAGCGUGUGUGCAGGUGAUGCGUCUGAUGUGUAUUCAUGCUGUCGCUCAUACGCCUGAAUACUGGAUGGUGGAUUUUAGGCUUGUGCCCUGAGUGCUUUGACCGUGUUGACAUGCAUAUGACCUUAGCAAGUGCAGCACUCUCAUGUUGAUCCCUGAUCCAUAAACAUUCUCAUUUUGAUCUCUUUCAUUUUGCACGCAGCUCCUUAACAGUUCGGCUGGGCAAUGAAAUAUUAAUGCAGACGGAAAAGACGGGCGGGGUGGGUGACGGCUCUUCAUGUAACAUCUGUAAUUCAGCUUAAUUUACACGUAUUGUACAUUCCAUAGUUUGACGCCAAGACAAGAAAUCUGCACAUUCAUAACAUAUUUCAAGUGAUUUUGUUUACAUGAGCUGUAUCAUUGCAUGAGCUGAGAUUCUUUCCAAAAACAAAUAAAUAUCUUUAUGUACUGUCA